CUCUGAAUUUCGUAGUAGCGGCGACUGGAGGUGAGGCGGCUCGCGUUCAGUCGCAUACGCGACCAUGAGCCUGAGGUGGAUACACGAGAACCUGGAGCCGCCCAACUGCGACGAAGAGUCCAGCGACAUCGACGAUAGCGGCAGCGACGACAGCUACGACUCGGACGUCGUCCUCGAGCGAUCCGGUUGCGUUGGCCCCGGCGCCGACGACAACGUCAACUACAGUAACAAUAAUAACGCCAGCAUCAACGCCAACAACGCCAACAACGCCAACAACGCCAACAACGCCAACGCCAACGCCAACGCCAACAACGCCAACGCCAACGCCAACGCCAACAACAACAACAACAACCAACGUACGGUAUCCGACCAAGUGGACGGUGACCACCAGCCGUGCCAGCUGUGGCUGUCGCGUUACCCCCUAGCCGAGGCCCUCGAUCAAAGCAUCGAAGUCAGGCUGUUUUGCCGGACGGGCUACUUCGUCGGGAUAACGAGAUCGGGACGCGUCAAGGGGCUCCAGCCGUCCGAGAGGACGACGAUCGACAACGAGAACGUGCGCCUUGCCGUAUGCCCGCUAACUCAUAGAAUAAUCCGCUUGCGGAGCGUUGAAACUGGACUCUACUUGGCCUUUAAUAGCACGGGACACUUGUACGGAGAGGCGAAGGCGUCGAAGGAUAACACCGAGUGGGAGCAAUGGAGCAUCGGCGAAUACGACGCCUUCCGCUCGCAUAAGUACGCGGAUCCCGGAUGGUGGCUGGGCAUCAAGAAGAUCGGAAGGCCACAAUCGGGACCGAGGACCGCCUGGGGCAUGAAGACCGUCCAGUUUCUAACGAUUCGACUCUCGUGAUUUAACUGACUUUGACUUCUUGGGAACUCCAUUUCACCAUUUUUUUUUUUUAUC